UAUCUCCCACCGGAUAAUUUGAGUUAUUUAAUUUGAAUGCAAGUUGUAGCGUCACUGGCAAGUCACGUAAAGAUAAAGAAAAAAAAAAAAAAUUUUCUUAUUUUUCUUGGAGAGUUUUUCAGAGUGACUGGUGUCGUUGGUAAAAAGUUGUUGUAUCAAGUGGACGUUUGUUUUGUAUGAUGAAGAGGCGUGUGCUAAGUGAAAUGUGCCAUGCGUGUUGUAUAAGUAGGCGGCAGUAUUUGUUGGAUCGAUGAUAUACAAGAGAUGCUCUCGUUUUUAUAAAUAAAUAAAAAAAAAUUCCCCAUAAAAGUGAACAAAAAAAAAAAAUACAAGAGUUUAUUCAUAGCGAUGAAGGCCAGUGAUUAGGGAAACUACAAAGUGAUCGAUAAUAAAAAGGGCGUGAAAUUAUUUUUUUAAAUUUUUUAACAUUAUUUAUAAUGGUAAACUAUAAAAAAUAACAAUCACUUGUUGAUUUAUUAUAUUGAAAAUCAAUUGAGAAAAAAAAAAAAAAAAGUAGUGAAAGUAAAAUUUUAUAAAUAAUUAAAUACAGUGUCAAUGUUUAAAUAUAAAAAUUUGUUAUAUUGUAUAAAUGACAUUUAAUCCCUGAAGGAUAAAUAAUUAUUAAUUUGUUAAUAAAAUUGCCGUGGGAUUAAACCUCCCACCCUUAAUUUAAAACUACUUCCCCGAUAUGAAAAAAAUCAUGUAUUUUGUUGGUUCUAUAUGAGUUUAAUUCAAUUUUAAAAUUUAUUUACAUUUCACACGUGAGGAACAAAACAACCAGUCUUAUUUUAUAGAAAUAAAAUAAACAUAAAGUUACAACAAUAACAAAAAUAUUUAAAUAAUAGUAAAAUAAUAAUAAAUCAUUAUGAAAAUAAUUUUAAUAAAUAUUGGUAUAUUAAUAUUUUUGUUAAUUGGUAUUUUUGCUGAUAAAAAAUAUGAUGGUAAUCUUCAAAAUUUUAUUAACAAUACACCAUUGCAUAAAGUAUUGUUGACACAACGUGGAUACAUUCAAUUUCUCAGAUGGCAAUUACCAGUUCCUGACAUUAAUGAAUUUACUUUUUGUGUCUGGGUCAAGUCCUCGAACUUGACAUUUGCACAUUCAAUAUUUUCAUAUUCAAAAAAUGAUACACAACGUAUUGUCAGAGCUUGGAUAUCGCCAUUUGGUCGUAGUAUAAAUUUGGAAAUAAAUAAUACAAUUUUAUUUAACGAGCCAAUAUCAAUACUUGAAAAUCAAUGGUAUCAUAUUUGUCAAAGUUGGGAUAAUAGUAAUGGUAGAUAUGGUCUUUGGAUCGAUGGGCAAAAUAAACUUGAUGCUUAUUCAUCAAAAAUGGCAGGUUUUGUAAUACCAAAAAAUGGUGACAUCGUCCUUGGUCAAGAAUACACUGAUUUUGAUAAAGGACUUGAAGAUGGUAUUGAAGGUGCUGUAUUGGGUUUUAAUUUACUACUAAAAUCAUCAUUUAAAAAAUUAAAUACCCUCAAUAAUAAUAAUUAUCUGAAUAAUGAUAGAAAAAAACCAUUUGAUUAUUCAGAAUUUGAAAGAUUUAAUAUUGAUAAACAAGAAAAUUUAUAUUUAUCAUCAUUAAAUUCAAGAUUACAAGAAGAAUAUAAAACAGGAUCAAUAAUUUUUCCUGACAUGCAAUUUGGUUCAGUGAUAGGAGCUAGAAAAACAACACAGUUAUCUAAAAAACCAAGUGUAACACUUGAUAAAUUAUUGGAUGAUAUGCCAAUGGGUUUAAAGCUCAUAAAAAUUUCAUAUAAUGAUUGCAAUUGUGGAAGAGCAAGUCCCUUUUUUGAUGCUAAAUAUUUAUUGAUAUCUUGGAGUAGAACACCUGUUAGAAUUUUUGGUGGAGCAAUUAUUAAAAAUGUCAAUAAUCAGUGUGGUGUUUUCGAUGCUUUGUUGUAAUUACUUUGAAUCUACAUAUUUUUUUUUUCAUGUUUUUAUCAGUUUAAUAAUUUUUUUUACUCUUUAAAAUUGCCAUAUAUGGGAACUAAUUGAUUGACGAUAUCAAGCCCAAAGCCAUGUGUAAUAAAAUUAUUAGAAAAAAAUAAAUAAAGUAUAUGUUAUUAUUGUAAUGAUAGGUUGCUGUCGUCAUUGACUUCCUUGAUAUUUAUUUUCUCUGUAUGCUAAGCUGAUUUUGUUGCAUUUAUUUGAUGCAUAAUGAGCUCAUUCAAGACCAGGGUGACAAGCAUUAUUUCACUCUUAAAUAUCAUAUCAUAAGAGAAAUUAUUAUAGACAUUUUGAUAUUUUAAAUAAAUAAUUUGAAAUUGUUUUUUAUUUUUAAUACAAUUUUUUAUCUUUAAAAUUAAUAUUUGUCGUGGUUUUUUUGUUUAUUUUCUUUUCAAGGUCAAUGCUACUUUCGAAACACACUCAAAAGAAAUAGGUAUAUAAUUUUACUCUUUUUUUUUCAGCAUAAAAAUUUAAAAAACAGCAAAAGUUUUUGAGUAUAGAGUAAGGUGUUGUAGACGAUACUUAAAUUGUUGAAUAAAAAAUUGAUAAUACAUAAUUAAGGAUCAAUAAUGGUAUAGUUAAAUUAAGAAAAAAACAAAAAUGGAUUUUUA